GACCAUUAUACCUGCUAGCCUUCUUUCUUUCUUGCAAUGCAAUGUCAAUGAUGAAGUUUCUAUCCGAUUUGUUCUUUAUUGCCCUCCUACUUCAGUUAAGUCAUUGUGCUAAUAUAACAGUACAGCCAGUGUCUAUCAAUACGACACUCAACUCUACUGUUGUCUUCUCUUGUGAAGCUGUGGCUGAUGAACUCACUUUCAGAAUUAAUAACCUAUCAGAUACUAAUACAGAUGUUGUAGCUAAGGGAUUUACUGUAGCAACAAGUAGUAAUGCCGGCACUAUAAGAGCAGAGCUACAAGCAAAAGCCUAUGAACAUAAUAAUAAUACUGAGAUAAGGUGUAGAGCUAGUACUGAUGUACCUCCUGAAGUAGUGUUGAGUAACACAUCAAUAUUAAUGAUACAGG